AUGAAUUCGUCGCGAUUAAAAAAGUUAACUCCGAUGAAUUCUUCGAGAAUUAUCACAUCUAGUAGACCACAGUCAACUCUAAAUUCUUCUCGAACUAUCAGAAUAACAACUCAACGGCCUGAGAAACGUACAAUCCGGGCGAGUACAACUUCAAUUUCAGGAAAUCAAAGCUUAUCCGAACAAUUUACUAGAUUAAAUCAAGAAAUUGCCCAAAUUCAGUGCGAAGUAAAGCCCUUAAGAUCUCAAUACAUUGCAUUACAAAAUUCACUUCUAGAAAAACAACAAAAAUCUAACUUCAAUGAUGAAAUUGACCCUGAAGAUGACGAUCAAGCUGUUAAUAAAGAAGAAUUUCAAACAGCAAAAUUUAAAUUUGAAAAUGAAAGCGUUAAAUUACAAAAACAGCUUGACAUGAUUAGGUCUGCACUUUCAAUUACUCAAAUUAAUACACUAGAAGAGGAAGAAGAGAAUGGAAAGCGUUUAGUACAAACUCUUCGAAUGAAUAUCAUGCAAAUGGAUGAAGAAAUAGAUAAGCAGCAAAACCAGAUUAAUUCAUACAGACUUUCUCAGAUAUAUGAUACAAUUCAAAAGCAAAAAGACGAAAUUCAAAAACUAUCUCAAGAAUUACA